CCUGUGUCUUGACUAAGGGCAACAUCACGUAUUGCUGACAUCCGACCCUUGGGCUCAACCAAAUCCACAACAAUGCAAAAGCAAAGUGUUGCAACAUGUCUGCUUCUGCUGGCCGUGCUCCUGCUGGCUGAAAUGGCUACCGCAACCUAUAGAAAACCUCCUUUUAACGGAAGUAUUUUUGGAAAGCGAGGCAACGCUGCAGUUUCAGAUUACGAUGGAGCGGGCAAGGCGCUCACUGCUAUGUGUGAAAUUGCGUCGGAAGCAUGCUCCGCGUGGUUCCCUCAAUCGGACAACUAACAGCGCCACUGCUUUCGACCCCCCUGCCAUCUGCUGGAGCUCGAGAUUUUGACAUCAGACACCGGCACACUCCCUUUGUCGUCUUGAAUCCAGCGAGCAGAACGAAAAAUGACGAUUUUCAACUCUUUCCAGUAGUUCUCAGAGUCCCUGUUUCCGGUUCAACAGACGUGUCCAGAAAUGGCGUCAAUAUGGAGCCAGCUUAGUCCUUUACAUAUAUCAGCCUGCUAUAAAAUUAUAGCAAUAUGAAAUAAGUGUAAUAUUACAGUAUUCUUGAUACAUUGUAUGCCUAUACCAGUAUUAUACACUACUGUUAACUGUUGGGAAAAUAUAUAUAUAUGCAACUUAUCCGAAGCAGGAACAUUAAAGUAAAUUGUGUUGUAUAUUCCUACAAAAAUAUGCACUGCUUACUGUAAUACUACUCUAAUCAUAUCAGUCUGAGUGAGUAUACUGAUCUAUUCAUCCGAAAUGCCAUUCUCAAUAUCAAGUAUUGGGUUAUUUGGUAAUUCCAGAACAAAAUUUAGCUCACUAAACAAGGAAUGUGAUUCCGCUAGGAAUCUUUUGACGUACGAAAACUGGUCAUAAAUUUUGAUAUAUAAAACAACAAUAUUCUAUGUAAGUUUUAUUUAUUGAACACGUCUUUAUGUGUAACAAACAACAAAUGUAUCGCUGGGCUAAAUCCAUAUGAGAAGAAAUACAUUGUAAAUAUUGUAUUGACUUGGUAGAAAAUUACACUCAGACCCAUCUAUUGGCAAGAACCAUAUUAAAUUACUGAGAGAGAUUUUCAAGUUUCUCCACAACUCUUCGUAUUCCAAUGAAAAUCUGAGUCUUGUUGUUUCGCAGAGGCACAAAUAGAUACAGUCCCUUGUAAGCAGAUUGUCGUAAUUGCAAUUAGAAUAAUUCUGGAUAUCGUUAAAAUGGCGACAAAGAAGAAACGGCACACCUACCUAGCAAUUGUAACAACUUGCACUGGGCUGUCUGCAAUUUUUGCCAAAAAAUGAGUGUAAAACAUUUAUAAAAGUCAGUGUAAAGCUCAGUAAGUGUAAUACAAUUUUGGACACAGCACUAAGUGAAAUGAGGAAGCGAGGAUUCUUCUGAACAGAAAUGCCAAUAAAUUAUUUAUGAUUCAA